AGUUCCGCGCAUGCGCAGUACGGACGGGGGCCGUAGAGCGUAUUUGACAGCGCUUUUUGUCUAUGACCAAAGUGUAAACAAUACGCGCGCCGAAGCAGGAACUCGGAAUAUUAGUGAAUACACUGGAGUAGAUGGGAUUUGGACGCGGAUUAGUUUGGUUAUGGAAGCGUUCUGCCCAGUGAAUGUGAAUGAAUUCAGCACAUGGAAGCAGAGUGAAGUCGAAGAAGAGAACCGCAGCCCGGUUCGGGCCUGAACCCGAGGACACCUGUGACCAGGAGGUGCUUCAUCAUCAUCAUCAUCAUCCUGAACGUCCUCCGCGUUUCUACAACCUUCGAGUCCUUUUCUCUCCGCUCCUGGCCCUCUAUUCAGUGCUCGGGCUGGUGGUGUCGGGUCUGUGUUCACUUUUAGCCUGGUUUUUCAAGCCCAUCUGCGGCGUCAUGGCCACCAAACCGAAGCAAGCGGACGGUGAGGACUGCGAUGCCACCGGAGAUCUGAUCAAAAAGCAUCACAAGCAGGCGUUUGAGUUCAUCUCAGUGGCGCUGCGCAUCGACGAGGAUGAGAAAGGACAGAAGGAUCAGGCGGUGCAGUGGUACCGUAAGGGCAUCACUGAGCUGGAAAAAGGCAUCUGCAUCAAGGUCACAGGCACUGGGGAAAAAGCAGAACGAGCCAGACGGCUGCAAGAUAAAAUGAACAACAACUUGAUCAUGGCCAAAGAGCGUCUGCAACUGCUGGCCGAGCUGAGCUCAGAUUCCUCGCGCGCUGUAAACACUAACAGCAUUCACUCCCCUCUCUCCGUCGGCAGCCUCCGCCCAGCUAGCAGUGUUGUACCUAAGAAAACAGACUCCUCUUCAUCUCUGGGGAAGCUGAAGCCUGCCAGACCUUCCUCCAGCGCCCCCCAGCGCUCAACCAGCUUCACUGCACCAGCCGCAGGCCGAACAGGACCCCAGGCCAACCACAAGGCUCCAGCAGGUCGGGGUGCUGCCAGAGGUAGCACUAAAGCCGGCGCUGCUCCUUCCUCUAUUCCACAGAGGAAGAGAGACCUGAAGAACUUUAAAAAUGUGGACAGCAAACUGGCCAACCUCAUCCUCAACGAGAUAGUGGACAGUGGCUCGGCGGUGAGAUUCGAGGAUGUAGCAGGUCAGGAGUUGGCCAAACAGGCACUGCAGGAGAUCGUGAUCCUGCCGGCACUGCGGCCUGAGUUGUUCACAGGACUGAGAGCUCCAGCGAGAGGACUGCUGCUGUUUGGGCCUCCUGGUAACGGGAAGACCAUGCUGGCGAAAGCCGUUGCCAUGGAAUCCAACGCUACCUUCUUCAACAUCAGUGCUGCCAGUCUGACUUCUAAAUACGUCGGUGAAGGUGAGAAACUGGUACGAGCUCUGUUUGCUGUUGCCCGAGAACUGCAGCCAUCAGUCAUCUUCAUUGAUGAAAUAGACAGUCUCCUGUGUGAAAGGAGAGAAGGAGAGCACGAUGCCAGCCGGAGACUGAAGACUGAGUUCCUCAUUGAGUUUGAUGGGGUACAGUCAGGAGGAGAUGACCGGGUGCUGGUGAUGGGUGCCACAAAUCGUCCUCAGGAGCUGGACGAGGCCGUGCUCAGGCGUUUUGCGAAGAGGAUUUACGUGACCUUACCCUCAGAGGAGACGCGGUUGAAGCUGCUGAAGAAUCUCCUGAAUAAACAUGGCAACCCACUGACGCAGAAAGAGCUGAAUCAGCUAGCCAGGAUGACCGAUGGUUACUCAGGCAGUGAUCUGACCUCCUUGGCUAAAGACGCUGCACUGGGACCCAUACGAGAGCUUCGUCCGGAGCAAGUGAGGAACAUGGCGGCAAAUGAGAUGAGGAACAUUCGUUUCUCGGAUUUCGUCGAGUCCCUGAAGAAGAUCAAGAAGAGCGUCAGUCCUCAAACUCUGGAGCAGUACGCGCGCUGGAACCAGGACUACGGAGACACCACCGUAUGACACACAAACACUCGUCAUUACGUGACCUCUGGUCUGUGACCCGAGACAUUAGUGGUCUUUUCCAAAUAGACCUUGUCACUCUACGCUGUUUACCCUUUUGAAGAGCAGACGCUGCUGUUUUCACUGCGAUUGAGCACGCUUGUGAUUCGGGAGACGUCACGCACGAGGACGCGUCUCAAAUCACCGCUGAAGGAAGAAAAGGAUGAUUGCUUUUAAUUAAAAGUGUUCAAUUAAAAGAAUAAACGAGGCUUCCACACCAUACAUCACACAUCUCGUACCGCGUGAUCGAAACGAGAACCGGCCCGAACAGAAAUUGAGCUUGCGGUUACUUCUCCACCGACUCGGAAGAUGACUGCAGCGGUCACAAUGACAUCAUCGAACAAGCAACGUAUACCACAAUGACAGGAAAGUUUAUGUUCGUAAGACGAGACAUGACAGAAUUACAAGCGUUUGAACCCUUUACUGCGUGGCGUUCCCAUAAUGCAACACUCAACUCAUCUCUAAUUUUACUUUUUUUGCCAUAUGGCAACAUUUUACCAAUUCACAUCACUUACUUUUAUUACUUGUGGAUUUAAAUAGAAUAAUUCAUGCAGUAGAGGGUUAAUCCCGCUGUGUUUAUUCUGAAACAAAACCACGUUCGUAUGAACGACGGUAUUUUGAAAUAAUUCUCCACACGGUUGCUUUUAUCAAUCCGAACACAGACGACCGUAACCGUUAUGUAUUUUGGUUUUCCUUCAGUAGUCAGUGUGUAUCGCACAAGCUCCAGCGUUCGUAUCCCCGGCCCCACGGACGCGCGCGGUGGUCCUUCUCAUCUGUGCCUUAGCGUUUCCGCAGUUUCUCGACGGGGAUAUCCGGCCGUCCGACUGCGCUACGGUCCGAGAUGUGUGCUGUAGCCGAGACAGGAAGUGAUCUCGACUCUGGUGUGCUUUUGUACAGCGUCUAAUCAGUGUAUUUCACAAUAAUGCAAAUAAAUCCGGUAAUAAACUUGUACAGUAAAUCUCGUGUCUGGAACAGGAACCCGCAGGAAGUCCUGUAUUUAAAGCAAUAACUUGUAAACUCGUGACGUCGGACGGGGCGUGUAGUAUUUAUCGUACGAGCCAGAGAACCUACUACCUGUGUUGUAAAACUUUACCGUUUAAGGAAUUCUGUGAUUGUUUUCAUUCGUUUGUAUGUUCCGGCAGACGCACAGCAAAUCUACCUGCCGUUGUGAAAUAAAGCAUGAAACGGAGAA